AUGACGAGCAUUACGAGAUUAUUAGCGCAAAUCAGUCUCUCACCAAGCGUUUUAAACCAGUUUAUCAAACAAUGGAGAAAAGGAUACUUGUUGAGUUUAAGAGAAUCAUCCAAAUCGAUUCGACCAAACAGCAAUGUGCAAAUAGCAAUUUUACGGAAUGACAAUACACGACGCACGUUUUGGAAUUUGGCAAAAGUGGAAAUGUUGCUUCCCAGUAGCGAUGGUACAGUGCCCUCAGCUAAAGUUAUUGUUAACGGUGAAAACGGUAAACGGAUCACAUUACGGCGACCAAUACAGCAUUUGAUAGCCCUCGAAGUAAAGGCUAGUGCGACGGAUGACAGCUGUUUCCAGAGCCGUGCGGAUCAUCAGAACACAGAAAUAAAAGAUAACGUCCAACAACAAAGACGAACACCGAGACGUAAGGCAGCUGUAAUUGGUGAAAUC